AUGUCAACCAUAGUUCUUUCUGCAGAAUCUGGAAGCACUAUACUGAAGGGCAUCAGCGCUGCCGCAAGCGCUUUCCCGACUGUCAAGGUCCUGGCUUCGCUCGCUGCCUAUGGCGGUGCCCUGCACCCCUUUAUCGCGGCUGCCGGUGCGACUGCGCAAUUUGUUAGCGCAUACCAGAACACGCAGAUUGCCGCUGUCCUUAGGGAUAUCGAGCAACAGCUCGCGGUCCAGAACAGCCUUGUUGCUCCUGGAAAAUUCGCGAAGAUCGUACAUGCGUACAUUCGGUCGAAGGCACAGGAGACCAAAGACCACGAGGCCAACAACUACUACUUCCUGUACCACCCGGAUACCGAUUGGCACGCUCUGUUCUAUGAGCUGGUGCAGCACAAAGAACCGCUUCCCAAAAAUUUCUACGGCAUGUCGGACGAUUUGAACGGGCUCUGUCUAUGGAUGCGAUUCAUCCGGCGCGUCAUAAAAAAGACCCGGCAGGAUCAAGUGACGUUCCAUCUUCUCAUGCCCUCGUAUCGAUUUUAUGAUAUCCAGGAGCCGGUCGAGUUCGACGACACCCUAAAGCCGCUGUACCUACAUUGUGAGAAACACAACUCCAUGCCGUAUGUGAGGAUAAAUGUACCGGACAGCCAAAGGGGCAUGCUACGGCGCGUCGAGGUCUGGGAGAGACCGGCGGGAGUUUGGGAAAAGGUAGGCUUACAAAAGCCUCCACAACGCACUGUUCUCGGGUGGGCGCCGAGCGAAGCAGACAGAGCGAUUAGAAGGUCGCAUAUUCCGAGGGCUCGCAAGAGAGACCAUGCUUUUUGA